AACGGUACUUCCGCAGCGAAGAUCUCACGGCAAGCCGAUUUUCACUAGCGCAAGGACAUCAAAAGAGAAAAUAUAUAUGUAUGAACUAUACGGAAGUAGACGGGAAAAUAUCAAAAGUGUACCGAUCUACGUGGGGGUCUAUUUCCUCAUGGAGUACUUUCUUGGAUGGCUGGUCUUUCGAGGAUUACCAAGCGGUGUCGAUCAGCCAUUCCAGGGAGAAACAACUAUUCAUGAAAAGUCUGUCAUUCACAUAGCUGAAGCAGAUCGAAUUGCUAGUGGUGGAGACCUUAUAUGGAAAUAGCGAA